CGAAGUAACAAAAAGAAUAAUUAAUCAAAGAAAAUCUUACUUCAUAUAAUAACAAAUCCAAAAAUCUCACCUCCACCUCAAAAAGAAAUACAUCAAAGUAUACAGCUUACGCUAAUCACUUCUCAGAGACAUGACUACAGCAUUCAACAGGAGCUACACCAUCCGGCUGUAUUGGAUGUGCCGUCUUUUAUCCAAUGUUCAGUACAGCACUGCCAUAAUUUACAUUAUUUUGCAUCAUGGGAUCAGUCACUGAUGCAAAAUUAGUAUCUCUGCCUUUUUGACUUUGUCACAUGUGCUUAGGAAUUUGUCCUUAAAUAAAAAAGUCCCCUGAAAAGAAAAUAACUAACUAAAAAUAACGCCCAAAAACAUAAAAUAACAGUCAGACAUUGACUCCUUUACAAUAGUAACUAUUUAGUAUUUAUAUAAUAUUAAGUACUAAAAAAUACUAUAUAAUAACAACAAUAUUCUAUCAUCUUUGGAAUCAACUUUUAUGAUCCUCCUGUCAGUUACCCUAUCUCUCACUUACUCCACCUUCAGUUUUUCUUCUUCAGUAUCUUUUGUCAUCUCUAUUUUGGUUUCUCUCUUUUUCACAUUCACAAACUGCAUUCUCACAAACCUCCUGUCCAUAUAUUAUUUCUUCUUUUUGUACUUUAACAAUGAUUGAAUAUAUUAUAACUUAGCUUAUUAUUUUAAUUUUCAGGAUUACAUACCUAUGCAAUCUAGAGUUGCUAUGGAUUUCACAGGAAAUUAUGGAAGAGUUAUAGAUGAUCCAAAAGAAGCAGAAGCUAUAGCAGCUGCAGAAGGACAUACUUGGAAGCGUCGUCUACCAUGCUGUCGAGCACAAUAUGUUCCGCAACAGUCCUCGAAUAAAAGUCCUACUUCGAGACCAUUUCCUGAAUUUGGAUUCCAUAACACUCAACCAUGGUUCUAUAGUGGUAUGUCACGUGAUGAAGCAACUCAGUUACUCACAAAAUAUGGUACUGUUGAUGGAGUUUUCUUAGUUAGAGAAAGCAGGAGGAAUCCAGGAAGUUAUGUACUCUCUUACAUUUAUAAGUGUAAGGUUCAUCAUUGCCAGGUUAUACCUGUAGAAGAAAAGGAACAAUUAUGUUAUUCUUUAGAUAAUGGAAGGACAAAGUUUUAUGAUCUUUUACAAUUGGUUGAAUUCUACCAACUAAAUUUAGGUUGUUUGCCCACCAAGUUGACCCAUUUCUUAGUACAUCGGCCACAACAGAGCGAAUAAUAUAAAUGAUGAACAGAGGUCAUUCCCCAUUGACUGUGAUAAUUGCAUGUAUUUGUCUUUGAAGCAUUUAUAGCAGUUUUAUAGAAUUGGAUUUGGAGAGGAACAUAUCAAACUAAAAUAAGAAAGCAAUAAAAAACAGGAAUUUAAAGCUUUUUUAUGCCACAGCUAGUGAACAAUUAUUGGUCAUGCAAUUUGAUGCUGAAGAACUUAAGGCCAAGUUGAGUAUUUUUGCUAGUUAUACCACAGGCGUCAUUACAAGUUUGCAAUGUAGGUCGAAAAAGUAUUUAAAUAAGUAUACGUAAAUUAUAUAUAUGUGUAUAAAGUUUUAAACAGUUUUUUUUGUAUUUGUUUUGUCCGUACAAGUGUAAAUGUCCUGUUGUAAAUUAAUAGCCACUACAUUUUCAAUUUCUAUGCACCUGUUUAUGCAAGAAAGAUGCUAGCAAAACUAAUUUUGACAAUUAGAUUAGCUUGCGUUAGUACAUAAAAACUUGCAAAUGAUUUUAAAAAUGUCACAGGGAAACUUUUGAAAUAUCCAGCAAAGAUUUUUGCAUAAAAAACAAUAACAAAUGAUCUGCAUUUUGAUCAGACUUAAAGGAAAAAAACAUGAGGCAGACUAUUUUGGUAUGCAAAAAUCUUGAAAUUUAUUAAUUACAGACUCAUUUGCUAUAAUGUAUUUUCACAGUUAAAAAAAAUUCAACAGUAUCUGAGCAAUAUAUCGAUUUAUAUUUGUCUACAUGAAAAAAAAUUUUGUUAUCACAGUUACCUAGAAAGGAAUGUUGAUAUUUCCAUAAACUAAUUAUGAAGUAUCGUGCACAUUUUUCACGAAUUUUAUUGUCAGAAAAUUAAUUAGAAAGUGCCGAUACGAAUCGGGCAUUAUCACGUUUAACAUGUACAGAUUUGUUAGAAAAUACGUACGUUUUUUGGUUGUUAUAAAGCAAGAUCUGAUCAAAAUACGUUGAAUGAAUUUUUGUAAUGUGUUAAUGUUUAGAGUAAAUUGUGUUGUAGCUGUUAUAUAUGAAAUUUAUUGUAAUAUAAGAGUUUAGUGUUGGUGCAAAAUACAGUAGUUUAGGUGGCAUGCCGAUUAAAUCGCACCAUCCUUCCCAUUCAUAUUUUCAAUUGUAGUUAACCAUAGUUUUAAAUAUUCAUCAUACCAUAGAAGCCACUUUAUCCACAUGCCACCAUUAAUAGAAUUAGUCCCAUAUGGACAAUUCCUUUAUUCUCUAACAUAGAAACUAUACGUAUGGAGUAUUUUACUGUUCAUUUAUACGAAUUAAUUUAUUUCUUAUUUCACAUGUAUAACUUGUAUCUCAUGAAUUAAUUUAUAUAAUUUAUCAUUAUUUUAGAUUAUUAUUAUUAUAUAUAUAUAUUGUAUCAAUAUUAUAUAUUAUGUAAGUGAAUUGGGAACAUGAAAAGCAAUUAGAAAAAAGCUAUGCAAUAAAGAAUAAAUUCUGUUUCGUACGUCGUGUUGCCGACUUAUUCACGCCGCGAUUUUUUUCCCAAGUCAUAAUAUAUCUCGUAGAAGUCCAAAGAACUCGUAUGCAGCUUUCAGCCAAUAGUCUAAGAAGGGAUGCUCAACUCCAGUGUUUUCUCCAGCUGCAUUCAAUUGUUUUUGAACAGGGCCCGGUAUUAUAGCUAAAAUAUACUCACUAAUAUAAAUUAUUAAAACAAAGUUUGGUAUUAUCAAAUUUACACACAAAUAUGCUAUUCGUACAUUUUUUUUGAAUUUAAACUGAAAAAGGGCAAAUAGAUUUAUAAAUAUUUGGUAAGCCUAUUAAUAUAAUAAUACUGAAUGUUUCAAUGUAGCUUGGUAUGUGUUGCCCACAGAUUGUAUGUUAAACAGCUGUUACUUAUACCAGAGAUGUACAUUAUAAAUAGCUAACUGAUAGAUAAUUGCAGCCCCUUUUAAAAAAUGUCAUCUACUGUACAGUUGAUAUUUCCUGUUUUUAAGAACAGAGAUCUUCCUACAUUGGUUCUGCACAGAAGAGAUUCUUUUUUAACCAACAUAAGAGAUGCGUGUUCUGAAAAACAAUAUCAAUUUGAUUUUCAAUAAAUGUAGUUAGGCAACAAGCAUUGCUUCCAUAUUAUCAGUCAGAAUAAUGGCUUCAUCCUUGCCCUUUAUAGGACAAGUAUCUGCCAUUAUAAUAAUCUUAUUUGUGCACAAGUUUAUAUCAAAGAAUUCUCUACCAUUUGAUUUGUUAAUUACAAAGUUGAAUUAUUAUCUAUCUAUAUAACCCAUUCAUCGCGUGUCUGUCCGCGUAACGGUAUGCCGAAAACGGGUACUAGAGGCGCCCUAGCGAUUUUAAAUUAACAAAUUAUUUUUAUUUGUAAUAGGAAAUUAUUAUUGAUACGAAUUUAUUAUUUAUACCACGGAAUGGUGUAAAUAAUUAUUAUAUGCUUCGAUUAACCUCGCGCGGCACGUUUACAACAUCCCAUGACUUUUAAUGAACGUCGCGCAUCGACUCACGGGAAAUUUUUUGAAAAAAUGGCGGAUACAUUUAAAAUCGAGGUUUACGAUCGAAGGUAAAUAAACAAAUUAGAAUGUUUAAUAGGAAUCUAGAUCCAUAUGACGCGAUUGGGACUUAACAGAGCUGUAGAGCAUAUUGAUAGGAAUAAAAAAAGUGCCUGGUAGGAAUUUGUAAAGAACGCCACUAGUGUAUAUAUAAUUGAGUUUUGCGUAGUUGUCUUCAUUUUUUUUCUCAAUGCCUUUUAUAUCACACAAAUAAUUAUAAAGGAUGCUUUGUUUUGUCUCAAUAAUUACGUUAUUACUUCAAUUUGACGUCAUUCUCAGUUUUCGUAAGAAGAAAGCUGGCAACGGCUCUUGCGUGAUUAGGCACUCGAAAGAAGGUUGUGACCAGGAAACCCGAUAAUUUUCAAUUAUACUAAGAUAUAUUUGAAUAAUCCAGCCGUGUAGAUAGCAAUACGCUUGCGCACCAGUUCCAAGCGUGGAUAAAUGGGGAGAGGGAGAAAGCAAUAACAAACUAUUUGUCUAUUGUUACCGAAAUACGGAUUACAACCAAACGCUUUGAGAUGGUGCCGAAAAGUACCCAACACGCGAUCGGGGAAGAACACGGAUGAGAUUCUAAUGAUCGGACAUUUAUGAAGCAGGCUAGACAAAUCCAUUAAGAAGCUAAUCGGCUGAUGCUACCCCGUGCGAAAAUAACAGUGUUUCGCAAAAGUUUACAGCAUAGAAACCUGGAAUGAACAGUGGCGUGCCGUCAUUGGAAGCGGUGGAUGCGCCGCUUCCCUCGCAUUUUCUAAAAAAUAAAUACAUGUUAAUUUUAAUUAUACGAAAAUAAUCGC